UUUUACCCAUACGGCAUGUAGAAGGUGGCGUUUUGAUUACUUUUGGGCUUGAAAUUUGAAAUGCAACGAAUGGUCAUCGCGCUGGUUCCAUCACCGCCGAGUCUGAUAUUAAACCCUAGAAACAUUCAAACCUACCAAAUUGGCACCUUUCUUCUCCACCACACUCCUCGUUCAUCUCCAAUAAUAUCAAUGUCUUCUUGGUCCUGCAUUAAAUGCACCUUCCUCAAUCCUCCCUCGCAAAAAUCCCAAUGCCAAAUCUGCUCCUCCUCUCCACCACCAUCGCCACCACCCUCCUCCUCUUCCUCCUCCCCGCCAAAAUGGUCAUGCAAGGCUUGCACUCUGCUCAACCCUUACAAGAACUCAACCUGCGAACUCUGCGGUACUCGUUCCCCUGUUCUCUCCCUUUCCAACUCCAACUUGCUCCAAUUGAGUGACGAUGAUGAUGAUCGCGAUUCUUCUGUUGGCUCUGUUUUCUUCCCUCUUCGAUCUUGCAAGAGGAAGUUCGACUCCCUUGAUCACGCUCAACCAUCAACAGUAGCCACCGCUUCCAGUAACAAAAAGAAGGCCAUCGAUUUCACCGUGAGCGUUGCUUCAGGAAAAGAUGUUGCUAGUUCAAUGAAGAUUUUGAGUUCAGGAAAAGAUGUUGGUACUUCACUGAAGAUUUUGAGUUACAAUGUUUGGUUUCGCGAAGACUUGGAGCUGCAAAAGAGGAUGAAAGCUAUUGGUGACCUUGUUCACUUGCAUUCCCCGGAUUUAAUCUGUUUUCAGGAGGUUACUCCCAAUAUAUAUGACAUUUUCAAGAAAUCUACCUGGUGGAGUGUGUAUCAAUGUUCUGUGUCUGCUGAUAAGGCUUAUUCAAGACCCUACUUUUGUAUGCUGUUAAGCAAACUACCUGUGAAAUCUUUCAGCAACAAGUCCUUUAGCAAUUCUAUAAUGGGAAGGGAACUUUGCAUUGCUGAGGUUGAAGCUGCAAAUGGCAAGUCAUUGGUUAUUGCCACUAGCCAUCUUGAGAGUCCCUGUCCAGGCCCUCCGAAAUGGGAUCAGAUGUACAGCAAGGAACGAGUAGAGCAGGCGAACGAGGCUGUAAACCUGCUCAAGAAGCACCCUAAUGUUGUUUUUGGAGGUGACAUGAACUGGGAUGACAAACUGGAUGGUCAAUAUCCUUCACAAGAUGGGUGGAUCGAUGCCUGGUCUCAGCUAAGGCCAGAUCAAAGUGGGUGGACGUAUGAUACUAAGUCGAACCAGAUGUUGUCAGGCAACCGUACUCUCCAAAAGCGAUUAGAUCGUUUCAUUUGCCGUUUAAGUGAUCUUAAGAUAAGCAGCAUUGACAUGAUUGGGAUGGAUGCAAUACCUGGACUGUCAUACAUCAAAGAGAAGAAAGUAAGAAAAGAGACAAAACAACUGGUACUCCCUGUUCUGCCUAGUGAUCAUUAUGGUCUGCUUUUGACAAUUACUAGUAAAUGACUCCACUCUAUACAAAUCUAACUUGUGUAUCCAUUUUUCAUACUCUGGGCUGAUGCUGUAUCCAUGGCAUGCGUAGCAUGCAGUUUUGUAAAGAUUACUGGGAAAAUGUAAAGCAGGGUUAUUGGCAUUGUAGAUGGGACAGUGCUACUUUUGAAAGCAUUGCUACUUAUUUCAGAGCUUUUUAUCUGCCAUUUUGCUCAUUUUGAAAGCAUUGCACUUGCUUUAUAGACUUCAAUAGGAAUUAGAAAUUUUUGUACCUGAAAGCUGUUAUCAUAUCAGCAGUGGUGAGGGGAUGCCAGUGUUGAACUGUUAUAGUCCACGUAUAUUCAAUGCCUACAGGCCACAGACAGUAAUUCAUCACCA